GGACCGGUUCUCAAUUCCUUUUCCAGCAGUAUUCCCACGCUCUGGUGAGAGGUAGCCAACGUCUGAGGUGGGUCACGUCCCAAGAGUCAGAUGCUGAACCUUGACACAAUUCUCAAACUUUGUUUUGAUAGCCGAUAAUAUGGAAGACCAAAUAAUGCCAGCAGCAGCCAGACUGCUGGGCUGUACUUUUAUCUGUGCAGUUCAUCAGUCAGACUGUGACUUAGCACACAUUCCUACGGUUCCAGGGAACUGAGUGCGUACAUGAGCUGCAGACAGGUGCAUUUAGCGCCGCCUUCGCCUUGGUCCAUACGCGGCCACCGCCCCUUAGGAUUUAUACGCCGUCCACACUGUAUGUAUGUAUGUACACAUUGGAAGUGUACACUGCCGGACAUUAGGGUUAAUAAUAUAGGAGCUUCAAAACAUGAGUGCCAGCAAAGUAGCGUUGGUGACCGGUGCAGCCCUGGGUCUAGGCAAAGCGAUCGCAGAAACAUUGCUGAGCCGAGGGGUAAAGGUGGCGCUCUGCGACUUCAAUCGCUUAGCAGGUGAGCAGUGCAAAUCUUCUUUCGACCAACAGUUUGGAGCAGACAGGUCUCUGUUUCUUCAGUGUGAUGUCAGCUCACGGGAAGAGCUUCAAGAUGUUUUUAGGAAGACAUAUGAGCAUUUCGGAAAACUGGACAUUGUGGUAAAUAAUGCUGGUAUAAACAAUGAAAAAGACUGGGAAGAAACGAUUCAAGUUAAUCUGGAAUCUGUGAUUAGAGGGACAUACCUUGGCCUGCAGUACAUGAGCAAAGAAAAUGAUGGACAAGGUGGAAGCAUAAUUAACAUGUCAUCUAUUGCAGGACUCGUGCCAGCUGCUCAUCAGCCUGUCUACUCUGCCACAAAAUUUGGUGUAAUUGGUUUCACAAGAGCUGUAGCUGCAGAUUCUGCAAAAUGGAAUUACGGUGUACAGAUAAAUGCUGUCUGUCCAGGAUUUGUCAAUACAGGAAUCCUUCAGACAAUUGAAAAAGAAGAAAUAAUGGGAAAAUACUAUAAAUACAAGGAUGAUAUUAAACAAAUGAUGGAUUUCUAUGGUAUUCUGGAGCCUUCAGAAAUUGCCACUGGAGUGAUGCAGAUUCUAGAAGAUGUCAGCCUGAAUGGUGUAGUAAUGAAGAUUACAAAAUCUGGAAUUACAAUUGAAAGCUACGAGCAAGACACAUUUCACAAAUCAAGCUUACAGCCUUAGCUUCCUUACAAAAUGUUAAUGACAUUUUUGUUUUCUUUUUUGUUCUGUUUUGCUGCUCCUUGCCCAUGUAUGAAACACUUAUCGUUCAUAUAUUUAUAGCCAUAAACCUUACAUUCAAAAACAAUAAAUUGUCCUGCAGAUAUAUAAAGAACAUUUACAAUGAAAGAAUAAUGAAAAAAUAGCCACUUAUCAUAUUCUAAGACUUUGAUGAAGGAAUUUAAGCACAUUGUCCUAUAUGGAUUGCCUUAAAGCCCUGUCUCUAUACUCUGUCUCCUACAGGUUACUGAGGGGCAAUCUAUGUUUGGCAUACAAAGCAUCCUCAGAUACAGCUGUGGUGGACAUUUUGCACACCCUCAAAAUGAACCGCAUCAGAACCACCAGAUCCAAGGAUUUAAAUUUUGCUUGUGACAUAAAUGAGACAAGUUGGUGAGACUUAUAUGUGACUCAGUAGACCCCUGUGCUCUGGAACAGGCUCCCCAUCCAUGUAAAGCAGAGUCUGUCCCUAACCCUAUUUAAGCAUAACCUUGAACAAUUGAUGUGAAAUCAGAAAUUCAUCCUGGGCCUAGUCCCCAUGUCUCAGAUAGAAAGAGACAGGCAGUGAUGUCCAAACUAACAUAUCCCCCCACAUAACCUCUAGAAACUUCCUAACAAACAUACCUCCUUCUAACAAAUGCCCAUGAUACAUGGGGACACAAUUGGUUUGGAUUGCACAGCUAGGCUUAUAAAGGCCCUGGUGGUCAUUAACCUAAUAUAUACAUAUGAACAUAUGAACUUAUUUACUAUAUUUAUUGUAUAAAACUGUGAAACUGGAAUUUUAAUCAGUAAGACAGAUAUUUAAAUAACUACCCUUUAUUUUGUAUUGUAUAAAAUAUUUUAACUACAAAGAAUGUAUAUUUGUUCUCAUUUUUAACUUAAUCAA